CACUUGCGGGGUCGUCACUACUCUCAAUUCAGCCAUUAUUUUCACACGGAAAUUUUUUUUGCGACAAAAUAUCCUUAUGCCGGAAAGUUUGAACAAUUAAAAUCAAUUACAAACGAGUAUAUAAAGUGUUGGACAGUCGUAAGCAGCCAAAAAAAGAGUCACAGAAUUGUCUGGAAAGAGUUGGAGCGUGAAGACUUUUUUUCCGUAAAGAAAUCAAAUUGCGAAAAAAAAGAAAUAAAAAAAUCCAAAGCUGAAGCGUUCGUUUGGAUAUGUCUGAUAUCUUUAAUAGCAUUCAAACUUAGCUAUGGCAGCCACAAGAAAACUUCAAGGUGAGAUCGAUCGUUGUCUCAAAAAAGUGACGGAAGGAGUGGAAACGUUUGAUGACAUUUGGCAAAAGGUUCACAAUGCAACAAACAGCAAUCAGAAGGAGAAAUAUGAAGCUGAUCUUAAAAAAGAAAUCAAAAAGCUUCAAAGACUACGCGAUCAAAUUAAAUCAUGGAUCGCAUCGGCUGAGAUUAAAGAUAAAACAUCAUUGUUAGAUAACAGGCGACUUAUAGAAACGCAAAUGGAGAGAUUUAAAGUAGUAGAACGAGAAACGAAAACAAAAGCGUAUUCGAAAGAAGGUCUUGGGGCUGCUCAAAAGCUUGAUCCAUCUCAAAGAGAGAAAGAGAAUGUGAGCUGUUGGCUGCAAAAUUCCAUAAGUUCCCUUCAAAUACAAACCGAUCAGUUCGAGAGUGAAAUUGAGUCACUUAUAGCUGGUAAAAAGAAGAAACUUGAUAAAGAGAAACAAGAAAAGAUGGACGAUCUGAAAGGAAAAUUAGAGCGACAUAAGUUCCAUAUCACGAAACUUGAAACGCUUCUAAGAAUGCUCGACAAUGACAGCGUAAACAUUGAUCAGAUCAAGAAGAUUCACGACGAUGUCGAAUAUUACAUCGAAUCGUCACAAGAGCCUGACUUUGAAGAGAAUGAGUACAUUUAUGAUGAUAUCGAUGGACUCGAUGAAGUUGAAUUAAGUGGUCUACCAUCAGCUGCGACCGAGAGCAAUAACAGUAAUGAUACCGGCGGUUCACCAACAAGCACGACCUCGACUAGUCCCAUCAAUUCUCCAGCGCUUAAUUGUAGUGCGCCAACAACAACAACGCUUAAUGCUACCAUGAAACAUAAUCACAGUGGAUCAGGAUCUACGUCGGUUGAUUACAGCGAUGUGAAAAAGAACAAAACGUUAGAGAAUUCCAUCAUCAAGCCUGUCGUGAAACCAACAGCCGUGAGAGCAAAAACAGAAAAUUCUCUGCCAACAUCGACGGUAUUAUCGCUCAAUAGCUCGAAUACCAUCAUCAAUAAUAACAACAACAUUUCGUCCGCUGCUUCCGUUGCUGCCUCGCAAAACACUUCAAUUAUGUCUAAGCCAUUGAUCAGUUCAACGCCGAGUAAGAAUCAUCAGCCAUCAGCUGCACAAAUUCUAGCUCAGAAUAAUUCUAAUAACAACAAUAGCAUCCAAUCACCAUCAACGAUACUACCAACAGCGCCUAUUGCAUUUUCUGCUGUCGCUAAGCAAAAUCCUUCGACUCUUGAAAACGGCCCAAUACCGAUGGUAUUGAGUGGACAAAGUAGUGCACCAUUGCCAGCUCCAUCAUUGUCUAAUAUUAACAACUUAACAUCAGUUGGAAAUCUUCAAUCACAACAACACUCAGCAUCAGCAGUGCAUAACAACACAAACAGCAGCAACGUGGCAAUAGAGAAUCACAUGAACAACAAUAGCAGUUCACUUAGUAAUUGCGUGUCGCCAACAAGUAAUCAAUCGGCAGCGGUAAGUGGCCGAACAUCUCCUUCGAGUCUCAUGUCGCCUCAACAACAGCAACAACAACAGCAAAUUCUCAAUGGACCUGCUGCAAACGUAAAGCAGCAACAAAAUCCAUCAUCUCAGGCGAAUGCUGUUUUGAUUGGAAUGUCAGGCAUUACGAAUAUGAAACCGUCUGGAACAAAUGAAGCUUUAAUACCGCCACUGUUAGGAGUCGCACCAUUAGGUCCAACACCACUUCAAAAAGAUCAUCAAGUACAAUUCCAAAUGAUGGAAGCUGCCUAUUAUCAUCUACCAUCACCAAGUGAUUCCGAACGACUUCGACCUUACUUGCAGCGACAGGCAAUUGCCACUCCACCACAUUUUCCACAAACUCAACUUCCACAUUCGGACACAAUUGAUUUCUUUCAACGUCUCGCAACGGAAACCUUGUUCUUUGUGUUUUAUUACAUGGAGGGAACGAAAGCACAGUAUCUGGCUGCAAAAGCUCUUAAGAAACAAAGCUGGAGAUUUCAUACGAAAUAUAUGAUGUGGUUUCAACGUCAUGAGGAACCAAAAAUCAUCAAUGAGGAGUUUGAGCAGGGCACCUAUAUCUACUUUGAUUACGAAAAGUGGGGUCAGCGUAAAAAAGAAGGUUUCACAUUUGAAUAUAAGUACUUAGAAGACAAAGACCUGAAUUGAUAACGCUGUGCAAACUUUGUAGUCAUAAUGUAAAAAAAAAUUAAUGAAAAAAAAAGAAAAAUCAACGCAUUGAAAAAAUUUUACAACAGUUGAAAGGAAAAGUUUUUAUUUUGCAACUUCAUUUCUCAAUUACCUAAGUUUAAAAAAAUGCUGAAAACUCUGAUUAAUCGUGAUGGACAACGUUACAUGUCAUUUGCAUGAUUUAUGUUAUGAAAUUUCAAUUAAAUUUGAAAUUAUGUUAUUUAAAUCAAAUGAAUUUGACACCAAACGUGAUCUUGCGAUUGCAUCAGAAGAAACCAGAAAAAUUCAUAAAAAAAGAGAAAACAAAUUUUGUUCUUUUGUUUUUGUCGUAAAAUUCCCUACUUGGGAACAUCUUUUUAAUUUUUAUCACGUAAAAUUAAAUGAAUCAAAAAAGUGAAGAAAUCUUUUCGCAGUUAUGAAGGAAACUGUGCGAUCCUAUCAAUAAAAAUAAACUUUCUGCUCAUUUCACUUUCCUGUGAGUUUCUUGGCAAGCUGAGUACUGCUGCGCUUAACUCCUUUCCUAUUUUAAAAUUCGUUAAAUUCAAUGCUUAAGAAAGAAAAAUUUACUUUUUUCUUUCGCUUUUUGAACGCGUUUGAAACAAAACAAAAUAAUUAAAUAUUCGAUUCGAGGAAAGCUUCUUUUUUAAAAUAGAUACAAAAUGGAAAAUAUGAAAAUAUUUCGAAUUUUAUAAUGACGAGACAUGAAAUUGAUGCUGAUGAUGAUUAAAAUUGAAGCUGAAACUUGUUCUACUUGCUUAGAUAUUCUUGAUCAAUGAAACCUUUCAUUCUUUAGCUCAACUCCUACUCAAAUGAAUGAAAUACUUUCACAUAAAGAUUAUUAAACGUUUUCAUAAAAUGAGGCAUUAGUGGCUUUACUUCAUUCAUUAGAGCAGCAGAUGCGAGCUAUAAUCCAUUUCUUUUUGCAUUAAGGAUCGAACCCAAAUAAGAAAAGAAAGAAAUACAAAACACGAAGAAAUAAUUAAAAAAGAUAAAAAAAAACACUCAAAAAUGAUAUCCAAAAGCUGACGAUGAAAUUUUACAUGUGAUCCACUAAUUAAUUAGAGAGUAUUAUUGUAAAGUGGGAAAAACAAAAUCAAAUCUUUGAUUUUAGUGACAACAGGAAAUGCAAACUGCAAAGAAAGAAAACAAAAAUCAUUAAAGAUUUAAACACCGAACCCAUAAGAUUUUGUCUUAAAGGACGUUGACAAAUGAUUGAAGAAAUGACGAAAAAAAAACUGAUCAUGAUUCAUGAAUCAAUAAAAAUUGAUAAGGAUUAAUUAAUUAAAAAAAA